ACCUUCCCAUCAAAAACAAAAAACAAACAAUCAAUCUCUCAAAAAAUCAAAGAGUCAAGAGAGAAAGAAUGUCAGGAAGAGGAAAGGGAGGCAAGGGUUUGGGAAAGGGAGGGGCGAAACGGCACCGUAAGGUUCUGAGGGAUAACAUCCAGGGAAUUACCAAGCCUGCCAUUCGGCGUUUGGCCAGGCGUGGCGGAGUCAAGCGUAUCAGCGGUCUUAUCUACGAGGAGACACGUGGCGUCCUCAAGAUCUUCUUGGAGAACGUGAUUCGCGAUGCUGUGACCUACACCGAGCACGCUCGCCGCAAGACCGUUACUGCCAUGGAUGUUGUUUAUGCUUUGAAGAGGCAGGGCAGGACUCUCUAUGGGUUUGGAGGUUAAGAAGGAGAUUAGAGUUAAGAGUUAGGGUUAGGGUUUAGUAUUUGGGUUAUGUUUCAAAUUGGGGGUUUUUGUUGUAAUUGGACUUAAUUGAUGUUGAUUUAAGUUAAUCAUGAAUAGACUGAUAUGAAUUUUAAACUUUGUUGCUA